AUGACAAAAGGAAAGUACGGACGCAACAGACCACCACAAUACUGGUGGACGAACGAGAUAGCCGAGUUGCGGAAGAGUUGCCUUGCAAAACGACGACGGGUGACGAGGGCUGGCCGGAGACCCGAGAGGGAAACUCUUCAGGUCAAGGACAAGGCUGAACGAAAUCGACUGACGCUUGGGGCCCGGAUCCCGCCAGAACUGAAGGAUGCUGAAACCACACGACGGAUCGUCGAUGGACUGUUCCCGACGCACCCGACGCGUACGGACGCGACGAACGACGACGAGACGGCGGUGCCAUCCGUCUUCACCGCCGAGGAGCUCGUCGGAGCGACCAAAGCAAUGAAGAGGGGUAAGGCGCCAGGACCGGACGGGGUACCGGCGGAGGUUCUUCGGCUGAUGGCGAGCCUGAGGCCGGAGAUACUUCUCGACCUCUACAACACGUGCCUUACGACCGGGACAUUCAGCGACCGGUGGAAGGUGCUUCUGCGACCACGACUCACGGACGCGAUACAGGACGGUGGAGGCCUCUCGGACCAGCAGUUCGGCUUCCGGAGGGGUCGAUCAACGAUUGGAGCGAUCCAAGAGGUGGUUGACUCCUUCCGGUCGACAGACAGACAUUGCCACUCUGCGCGACCCGUCGCGCUGCUAAUGACACUUGACGUUAAGAACGCCUUCAACUCGGCCAGACUGGAACUCCCACUUGGCGUUCGCCUAGUGGCUUACGCUGACGACGUGGCAGCAGUGAUAGUCGAGCGCACUCCGGAUCUGGCACAAUACGCACUAAAUCAGACUAUGAGACGAGUUCGACGGUGGAUGACUGACCACGGACUGCAACUUGCGACGGAAAAGACAGAACUGGUGCUUCUCACCAGAAGACGAAUACCGAAGACAUUACGCAUGACGGUCGGGACGGACGAGAUCGAGACCAGAGGGGAAGUCAAGUACCUGGGGGUGACCCUGGAUACGAAGAUGACCUUCUGGCCUCACAUACGACGAACGGCUCAGAAGGCGGCUGAAAAGAUAGCAUCCCUGAGCCGCCUGAUGGCAUACACAACCGGACCGACACCGGGGAAACGGAGACUUUUAAUGUCGACGGUGAACUCGAUCCUUCUCUACGGUGCGGAGAUCUGGGCAGACUCCCUGAAGACUGAAAAGUACUGUCACGCAAUGACGACGGUACAGAGACGAAGAGCGUUGAGGAUCGCUUGUUCCUAUCGGACGGUCUCAGCGCAGGUCGUUCUGGUGGUGACGGGCGUGAUUUCCAUAGACCUCCUUGCGUUCAAGCGCAAGAAGGUCUACGGGAGAAACGCGAACGUGACCUGA